AUGUAUUGGUUCAUUCGGUUUCUAGUCAUUCUACAGCACAUUUAUAAUGGAUACGGCCAAUACAUACGUGUGUUAGGAGGAACACCUACCACGAUUCAACAGUUUCCCGUAGUCGCUCAAUUACUCUUGGAUCCGUGGAAUAAUGGACAGUUCUCGCAACACUGCGCAGGAGUCAUCAUUACCUCGCGUCAUGUUUUAUCUACAGCGCACUGCUUUCAGUAUAGUAGCGAAACGGGAUAUAAUUACAGUGACCCACAAUUUUGGAGGGUGCGUGUUGGCUCGUCUUUUCGUACAAGGGGUGGGUUUCUUCAUAAAGUGAAGACAAUAAUACCGCAUCAAGGCUUCGAUAGAUAUUACUUCAUGAAUGAUGUGGCUGUACUGGUCGUGGCUAGGAAAUUUUAUUUCGGAGAUACGAUAAAACAAUCAACUAUAGCCAAUAAGGGGACUGAGUUGAAGCCGAAUUCGUUGUGUACUUUGGUGGGUUGGGGUGUAACACAGGUCGGUGGCGAACAAGCUGAUCAACUCCAAUUGGCAACAAUUUUCACAAUAGAUCAGAAUGAAUGCAGACAGAGGUAUAAAACUAUCGGUUCUGUCAUAGCCGAUUCAAUGAUCUGCGCUGGUCGUAUAGAUAUAGAUGGAAUAGAUGGAUGCUUUGGCGAUUCAGGAGGUCCCAUAUUUUAUAAAGGAGUAGUUACUGGCUUAGUAUCCUUCGGGUAUACGUGCGGAAAUCGUUUUUAUCCUGGCGUUUAUACUAAAGUGUCGUUUUAUGUCGAUUGGAUUGUAAACGCAAUUAGAAGAUAUAAAUAA